UGAAUCUGUCACUCAGGCACAGAUGCUCACAGCACACACUGUUUAAUACAGACUGAGGAAGAUCGUCUUCCACAUUAUUCCCAUUCACUCUACACAAGUACAGCUGCUGCAACGUGGGUCUACAUGGAUUUAUUCACAUAUGAAUGGUCAAAAAUCAAACCGGACCUAGCUGAUCUGCUUAGGUCAGGCGAUCCAGUGCGUAUUUAGAGCAUGAAGACUCUAAGCUCAGCUGGGGAACAUCACAAGCUUCAGGAUUCUGCCGGAACCAUUUAUUCCAAACUGCGAGUUUGGGAUUUAAGAAAUGCAAAGCCUGUUGUAAGCAGAACCCUUCCGAUUAGAGCCAGCUGCAAUUACAACGUGCUGCAAGCAGAACCUGUCCAGCUGAUUGCAGAGCUCGCUGCAGCCUGAUGUUACUUAAAUAAUCCUGCAGACAUUUUGCUUGCCGGCCUCAAAAACAGGACCUUGGACAGAACCAGGGACGUCUAAGAGACUCAGAAAUUUCAGCAGAAAAGACUUGAAAUAAUGUCCGAAAUUUGAUUUUCCUAUUGAGAGGCUCUCCCUUAAAGGUAAAGUUCCAACACCAGAUUCUACCUAAUCAUGGGGACUGUCCUCUCUUUAUCGCCAAGCUACCGCAAGGCGGGUCUGUUCGAAGGAAGCUCAUCAAGUGUGGCCCAUUACACUGCUGUCCAGAACAGCAAGAAUGGAAAAUCUCUGAAGAGACAUUCGUUCAUCUUGCCCUGGAAGCGACUUGUAGCUGUAUCUUCUAAAAAGAGACAACCCAAAAAGAGUCAAACCAACGGUGGUUACCAGAACAAUGUUACCCAACUGAACAGUGAGAACCUGAAAAAGUCUCUAUCCUGUGCUAAUUUAUCAAGCUUUACACAGGACUCACAAGAUACUCUUAUUAAGGACCCUGUAUCUACUGUCAGUAAGUCAGCUCAAGAGCAGCAAGUUCGCUCUUCUCCAAAACGUGUGGUGGUGCAGGCAUCCACCAGCGAGCUGCUGAAAUGUUUAGGCGAGUUCCUCUGCCGAAGGUGCUACAAGUUGAAGCAUCUUUCACCCACAGACCCUGUUUUAUGGCUUAGAAGUGUAGACAGGUCUCUCCUUCUUCAAGGGUGGCAGGACCAAGGAUUCAUCACCCCGGCCAAUGUGGUCUUUCUGUACAUGCUCUGCCGAGAUGUCAUCUCUUCAGAACUGGCCAGUGAACAGGAACUACAGGCAUCCUUGUUAACCUGUGUAUACUUGUCAUACUCCUACAUGGGCAAUGAGAUCUCUUAUCCACUUAAACCCUUUCUUGUAGAGAGCUCAAAAGAGGACUUUUGGGACCGUUGCCUCUCAGUUAUUGCAUUAAUGAGCCCAAAGAUGCUGCGCAUCAACGCUGACCCCAAAUAUUUCACACAAAUCUUUGCUGAUCUUAAAGCUGAGGGUGCACAGGAGGACAAAAAACGGCUUAUGAUAGGGUUGGAUCGGUAAACUGCAUGGUCUGUUAGGCAUGCGUCAAUGAACGGUGAAGAUGAGACUACAUAGUUAGUGUCCACUAAGAAAAAAAAAAGGUUAAUUGUAUUGGUUUUUGGAUGAAAAGAUGGCACAUGGCAUUUCUGUACUGGAAUUUGGCAAGCAAAUGGUGUCCCCCAGCAGAAUAUAAGAACUGAACAUGCGGUUUGGAUUUCCAAUACAGUGUUCGUCAGGGCUUUACUUGAAAAUGGAUUGUCAUACUAUAGCGCUUGACAGGCCUCAAACAUAGGCUUAAACAAUGCAAUGUUUUGCAAUUCUCCCACUGUAACAAAACUCUGCAGAACUCUGAAAGAAAAGUGUGUUUAGAUCUGAUGCUUAGAGGUCUGGUGGGAUAUAAAGGCUGAUACUGUCUCAGAAAAAAAUUGUUCUUGCCUUGAUAAUCCACCAGAUUUGCCUCCUGUUCUCGUUUACAGCCAUCUUGCUAAAUAUCCAGAUUUUACCUUAAUUAACCUGAUCAUAAAUGUGAAAUCUCAUUAACCCAUCACUGGCAUAAAACUCCAGAUUAACUGGUUUACGGACUCUGCCAUCAUAAGAUUAACAUGAGUUUCUAACAAGCGGUUAACUACUUGGCUCAUGGAUGUAAAUGUGUUAAUUCUUCCCAACAAGUUAACAGGUCAGAUUUUGCUCUUUCCAUUCCAAAAGCCUUCACCGCUAUCAAAAUACUUUGAACGUUGGUAAAGGCCAGUUCUCCCCUCUCCCACUGUGGUUUUGGAAAGAUAAAUGAAAAUGUAUCAAUUAAAAGCUCCUUGGUCUAGAUUAUGGUGAGUUAACAAAACAAUGGGAGAGAUUCAGUUAGCUGCAGGUUGUACCACGCUGACUGUCCUGGAUACAGUGCCGGGUGCUAUUCAAUUAGUGGCCCGAAAUCAAACUGUGACUAGCCCCAAACAACACUUAAUGCAACUUUCUGCUUUCACCCUCCAGGGCUGCAAACAAAAAAAAUCUGCUCUAAGUGAUGUCUCUGGGCUCGUCGCAUGUUGGCUGUGGGCCUCUAAUUGAAUAGCCCCCAGUAUUUAAUCAGGAAGCAGACACCACGAGGGACAAAACCCACAGUCAGUUAAAGACAUUAACUUCUUUUAUAGAGAGGGUUUACUGUAAAAUAAAGAUAUUGGGCACAUGUUGGUAGAAGUGGAAAUUACUGUUAAGCAAGGAAAUGAUCUUGCCAACACUGACCAACACAAACGUGUUACUAAAGAGUUCUAUGACCCAUGCCAUACAGCACUUUCCUACUUCAUACUCAGAGGGCAAGAACAGAUAAAUGUAAGAUUCCUUUAAUAAGUGCAGUAGUAGAUAUUGCUAAAGGAUAAAACUACUGUAGAUGUCCCCAUUAUUAUGUAUGUAAGAGAGAGCUGGUGGUAAUAGGUGGCUUUUUCCAGCAGGCGUUUUCUUAAAGAGCAGUGUCGGGUGAUAGCCUGUGGCUGCUACGUUAUUUGCCUAAAUUCUUUUACUUGCAGCAUAUACAACAAAGUAUUUGCAUAGUAAAAAAUAAGAUUUGUUUCUAUGCUCUAAAUAACUAGACACUAGCCAUUCGGUCCAUUCAAAUUCAACACUACAAACAUCUGACCAAUCCCAAGGAAUUUGGAUGCAGUCAUUUUGUGAACUGAACCAAUAUUUGGGACAUAAAUUAAAAAAAAAAAAAAAAAAAAAAAAGGUGGCUAUCAACUCAUUAGGGACUAGUGAGCUCGCUGGGGCAUUAUGUAGAGAGUAGUGUACAUAGUGAACCACCUAGCAGCAUUUUCAAUAAAAUCGAUUUAGUCCCAUAAAUAACUAUAUUUUACUGUGUGGAGACGUUGCCGCACAUGGAGAAUAUCCCAUUAUGAAACCAUAAAAUGCAGCCCAUCAGUUUGCAGAACUACUAGGGCCUCUGGAAUAUUUGCACAUUAGGCAUCUCAUUGAUGUCACUGGUUCCUAGUUAAUUGAUGGAAUGCCUUCUAAGGAAUUAUGGUUCAGUCCAACUAUGAUUGUGUCCACAUUGUGUAGGUGACAAGUGUUGUUUGGCUGUGGUGGAUGGAGUGCUUCUCAAUUGGCCUGAUUCAGAGGUGGGUGGAAAGCAGAUAUUUGCGGAUCUGAGUGACUUUUUAUAGUACGCAUCCACCAUUAGCAUAUUUUCGCAUAUUUGCUGUAUAUGGGAUUGCAGUCUUAAUGGGAUUUGCAUGCACCUCUUAAUCAGGCCCAAUGUGACAUAAUCCUAACACCCAUUAUGACAAGCUAUAAAAAAUAAAGUGCUUUAUAUCCCUAUAAAUGUGAUAUAACCCAAAGUAAUGAAAAGUAUGGGUCAUUUUACUCUAAAAAUAUAUACAUAUAUAUAUAUUUAAAAAAAGGUUAGGAAUAUAUUUGUAUCACUGUGAAAUAGUUCAGUUCCUAAAUUCCCAAACUCCCCUUACAGUCCAGGUUUUAAGGAUAUUCUUGCUUGAGUCCAGAUGGUUAAAUCAAAUUGACUGAGGUACUGAUUAAAUCAUCUGUGCUCAAGCAUGGAUAUCCUUAAAACGAGGACAGUAGUUGCAGCAUUUGGGAACCUCUGGUUCAGGCUGACAGUAGUGUUAUGGCAGAGGGCACAGAUUCACUUUCUGGCUCAAAGUGUACUCUGUGUCGGCAGCAAUUCUGUCUGCUGAACUUAUAUGUAGCUUAUGACGUCACUAGGGACAACUGACAUCAUUGAAGCAGAACACAUCGGUUCUUAGUGAAUACGGAGGCUGCAAUCAUGCUCACAAAAUGACUGCCUCCUCCUCACGUAGGCAACAGGUACACUUUAUUCUCUUACCAUCUGACAAAACCAGAACUAAUAUAAUUAAUUAAUGGAGUCAAGAUUUAUGUAAAGGCUAGAUUUUGGUGUGAAGUCAGACAGACCAGCUCUUGUUGAAUUGCAAAUAUCAGAAGCUAGUUGAGAGUACUGCCUUAGAGUACACAGUACUUGGAUCAUGCUAAAAUUGCAGAAUCUAAUCUAAUGCAAAAUUCCAAACCAUGAUCUGUGCUAGCAUAUUUCUGCUUAAGAACCUGUACGCCAAGUCAUAUUUGCACAUGCAUUGAAAGAGUGGAAGGUCAUAACUAGACUAGCAUAUGCCUGCCUUGACCUCCUGUAGUUAAAGGGGUAUCUGUUGUCAAAUAGACUGCUUUGGUAAUUAUUAUUAUGAGAUGUGCCACUAACUUCUUGUCUUGAUACCGUUGCAGAGUAGCAAGCAAGCAAGGAGUUACCCUAUCUGCCAUUUAUAUGUUACAUGUGCAGUGUUAGAGAAAAAUUGUGGGAUCUUCUAAUUUCAUUUUUAUUUUAUUUUUUGUAGUUAGGACGUAGGUUUCUGAUCUAGGUGCAAACUUGGGGUUAUAUGUUAUUAGUGCUGCAGGAUGAAGUUAUUAGGCACAUGAAAAGUGCAUCUGCUGUUUACCAUUAUUGAACGGUGACAAAAGUUAACAUUAGCCGGCUCAUGUUGACAUUUUGCAAAAAAAGUUGGUUAACAAUCUCGGUAUGUGAUGGUGACGUUUAUUAUCCAGGUAUCCAGCCAUUAUUAGUCAAAGGCACUAAUGCCAAGCUGUGUUUGGGGCCAGGAAGGUGCUGUUGUUUAAACCUACGUUUUAAUCUGUACUAUUACACUUGAAGUCACUGCAAUACUUUAAAAAUAGUAUUACUUGUGGGGCAUCCAUCCAAAUAAGUAAAAUGUGAUACAGGGCUAGUGCUUUGUUUCUGGGGAUACUCCGGACAUCAAUUAAAUAGAUUUUAGAAAUGAAUAAAAUAAGCAUCUACAUGCUUAUCCACAGUGUGGAUGCUUCUAGAAAUCUGGUUUCACCUUGUAACUAUAGGUGAGUAGCAGCACUUGUUUUCAUGGGAAAAAAACACUACGUAGGCAUUUAACACUAUCCAUUUUGAAAUCUGAGACUUCAAAAGAAAGAUAAUUACAGUAGUUUGUUUGCUGUCGGCUAUAUGCGCACAGCAAGCAAAGCAGUAAGACUGUAGGCUAAUGGUCAAACAUGUUGACAUUCGGGGAAAUAGAAUUUGUGGGUUGGGACAAUGUUUGUGAGACUGCAAGCUGAUCAAAUUCACUAGGAACAAAUUGACCACACUGGCUCCUGGUGAACUAAUUGGCUACUUACAAAUUGCUAAUCAGCACAGUCCACAAGAUGGCUGCCUUUAUUGUGUGCAGGUACAGGAAAUGGCUGCACUUAGUGAGUGAUAAAGGGAUGGUGUGUGGUGUUUCACACAAACCUGUCAGCAUGCACUAUAUGUCAGAACAGCCGUUAAAAAGAAAAUAUUUGAUAGAAUAAAAGACCAAUGCAUUUCACUCUCCUCUACAACAUAUGAAAAUAUGUUUUUCACCUUUGGUCUCAUUUUAUCGAAUUCUAGUUAUCUACUUGCAAAACUAUACAAUCAAAUAGCUUAUUUCAAAAUUCUCACCCCAAACACUUUAGCAUCAGCAAACGUGCCUCAGCUUUAAUGUCUGGUCUCCUGAAAUACAAUUUACAGUUACUAAAAUGCAUAUAGCUGACACCAUUGCCCUAGUCUCUUAACAAGUGGCAGCAUUGAUACUUGUAUACUGCUAGGACAUUUGGGAGCUUAAUAUGGCUAUACGUACCAGCCUCUGCUAAUGAGGUGACUCCAUGUAUGGCAUUUUACAAAGCUGCCUCUACAGGUAUUACCCAGAGUCCUUUCUCCAGUUCUCACCAGUUGGCUCAAUUUAGAACAAGAGCUUAAAUUGGUUCCUAGCUUAGGAAACUAUUUAUAUGUAUCAUAAUUUAAUAGGGUGUGUGUGACUCGCUUUAUAACACACCCAUAGGAGAAAACCUUUCCAAAACUGUUCUAGGUGCUUUUGUAUUUCUUCUAUCAUACAGUGGAGUCUGCCAUGUUUUGAGAAAACACUUGAGGCACAAAGUAUUCCUGUCACCUACUGCACACUGUGCUCCUGCAUUUUCAGUGUUAUAAUCCAGCCUCUACUGUGUCUUGGCAGUGGCUUCACUUGAUGCAUUUUGGUAAAUAUACAGUAUAUAAAAAUAAAAUAAAAAAAUCUGUAAAUACUGCUGACAUUUACUACAUGGUGAUGAGUGGGUCUGCCAGUAAACACAUGCUAUGUGUGGGCAGGCAGUGUGACCUGGCAUGUUACCUGUAAUAUGCCUGUGUAAUAUAUGUACAUGUAUAUAAAUAUGUAUUUGUGUGACUGAGUGCAUGACACCUCGUAGCCCACACAUGUACACAGGGUACGCAUGUUCCUGUACAGGUAUUUGGGCAUGAACAUGACAGUACAUGUGUGUGGGAGUCAGGUUAUCGUAUUUGUAGCAUCUUCCGGUUUACAUGAAGUUGUCGAGUAGUUUGUGUGAAUGACACUAAUGCUUGUGUCUAACUGUAUUUUAUUUAAUUUUGUACUGUGAGGAUGAAAUAAAGACUCACGCUGUGUCA